UUUACGCAUGCGCACUAAAGUAUGUACGCAUGCGGCAUAAAGAAAUACUGCUUUUUAAACCGGGUUCGUUAACAGUAGGUUGUGAUUUGCCUGACUUGUAUCGACGAAGAGACAUGGUUGGAACGAAUACAUUCGUCUUGGCAUCUGUGCUUGCCGUUUUAAUCAGUGUGUCCAAAGUGGAUGCAGCCUUCAAGUGUUACAGCUGCGACAGUGUGACGGAUAGCGGCUGUUCGGACAAGUUCAGUGCAAGUUCCGCUUUUGAAAGUCCAGCCACAUGUCGGGGCUGCUCGAUGGUAAAACUCUACGGCGUCGUUACAAGAGCCUGCCUUAUCCAAUCUCUUGGCAACACGUGUGAGGAGUCGGGCGAAAAUGCAGCCUGUUAUUGUGAAAGCGAGCUAUGCAACGGCUCCAACACCUUGGCUAUUUCCACGGCCACGCUGAUUUACGCCUCACUCGCCGUCUUUUUAUACAAGUUUUAAUAUUUGAUUUUACAAAAUAUAUAUACAUGAAAAUGUAGAUGCUUUGAUAAUUACAUCAAAACAAUGUUAAUUUGUUCACUUUAAGUUUGUUUGUUGUCUUUGUUGCAUGCAAGAUGUUUUGAUUUGUUUUUUUUUCAAAUGACAUACAAACGUCAUUCAAAUAUACGGAAUAAAAUAGUAAAAUCAUUCACAAUGAAAAUGAUGAAUACAUCUGUUUUACCAUUA